AUGGACGACACCCUUGCUCCAGCAGACACUAUGGAUGACAUCGAUUGGUCUACCUGGGUUAACAAUGAGUGGACCUUUGUUGAGGAAGAUCAGCAGAGAUUAGACAACACUCAGGGCGAUAGCGAGCAUCGCAUUCCCCAGAACGGAGAUGCUGUCCAGAGUCAGGAUCAACAGCAGCCAAGUUGGUACACCUUCGAUACCAGCCUGGACGAUGCGCGACCCUCAACAGAACAGCACACACCAUCGCCGCUUGAACCACGACCGACGACCAUCGCGCCGCAAGUUCUGUCUCGGCAUGAACAACCACAUGAACAUGGCUUCUCCGACAAUGCCUUACCUGACACGGCACACAACCAAUGGCUUCCCAGUGGGGGUUACGAAGAACACCCGAAUUGGUUUCCAGAUCAGAUACCAAAUGGGUACAGACAGCACACUCCGUCCUUUUCUCAUCAGCAGUCAAUCUACGAAGACUCGAGAUCUGGCCAAGCACCCUAUUUUACAUCCUCUGUCGAAUCUGAUCUAGCAGAUCGAUCACGGCAUGCAAGCUCAGAUCUUGGAAGCGCGCAUCACAAUCCAGAUAUUUCGAACCACACUGCAUCCAACGGAGGCAUAAAUCUGCUCAACUCCCCAGCGGUAUUUCCUGGCGCCCAACCCUCAAACUCCAGGCUAGGAUACUACCCUCCAACACAAAUGCCCGAGCGCAAUAUGUACCUCGCCUAUGAGAACCAACAAAAUUCGCCCAUGAACACAUCUGCCAGUCCUGACAUACCGGAUCCACGAGGCUCACAAUCCGCCUUCUCCCCCGAACCAACCUUUUCCCCCGACCCACAGCCCAGUCGCAAAAAAGGCAGAGGCCAUCUAGUCCCCUCCCCAAUAGUUUACAAAGACUCCAUCCCCUGCGUCGCCUGCACCAAACCCUUCAAAAAAUCCAUCCAACCCGACCGCUGCAACCGCUGCGCCGAAAAAUUCCUCCGCCACAACGCCACCCCGGUAACAUUCACUCUCGACCCCGAAAUCCCCAAUCAAGAACUCGCCAAACAACUCAUCUGCAAAUCCAUCCUCGCUCGAGGUCCCCCAAUAGCACCCUUGGAACUCGAAAACAUCCGAGAAAACGAGGAUGAAUACAUCCAGCGUUUCCUCACCGCGAUCAAUACCUUCGUCCCCGGAGGGAUCGGGCAUCACAAUCAACCACACCUCACAUGGCCGCAACGCCAACAAAUCAUCUACAAUCAAAAAUCCACGCUCGAAGAGUCUUAUUCCUCCGCACACAUCACCGCGCGCUUACGUGCGCUUUUCGCGGAAACUUUGGCGUUCCACACCGGGACUUCGAACCCUUUCUACGGCACCUCCGGAGACUCUUCCGGGUAUAGCGAGAACACUCGACUGAGUUUCGAGGAGAGAGUCGAGAAGAUUUGUGGGAUGUUACGCACGAAUAAGAGGGUGGUGAUGGAUGUUGUGGAAGGGAGGGGCGUCAAGGGGUUUGUGGGGCAUCCGGAGAAUUUCGAGAAACGCAAGGUGGCGAAUAAUGAUUGUAAUUUGGUGAAGAAGAGGAUUAUGGAGCAGGGGAAAGAGAAGGGGGAGGGGCAGGGGAAGAAGAGGAAGCGGGGGAAGGGGAAAGGGAAGGUUGUUGAGGAGGAUGAAAUGGAUGUUGAUGUUGAAGCUGGGCCUUCGAAUUUUGAGGGACAUUCUGGUGGUGUUGAGGGAAGUGGAGGAGUGGAGGAUCAAGCUGAAUCCUCACAUGCUGUGGAGUAUGGUUCUGGAAGGAGUCGUACUAUGGACUGGCUUCGUGGUGGACGGGCGACGCAGCAGAUUGAUUGA